AUGAGUCUCAAAGCCCACAAAGUCGUCUUGUCGUCGAGUAGUACUUACUUCGAGAAAUAUUUUUCGGAGGAAGCGCCUCGAGAGACUACCUUUUCUAUCAGAGGUGCAAAGUUUGAGGAAAUGAAAGCAAUUGUGGAGUUUAUAUAUAGCGGUGAAGUCGAAGUUUUCUCUCAUUCCCUGACGAAUAUUUUACGAAUUGCACAAAAUCUUAAGAUUCGGGGCUUAAUGGAAGUUGCCGAAGACAUGAACUUGACAGUUUUUCCACAGGAAAAUUCAGACGUGACUACAUAUAUUGUUCCAGAAAUCUUAACUUCACCAAAUGUGGAAGAAAUGGAAGAAAUUACACCCAUAAAUAUUUUUCCAGUGUGUCAAAUAAGUGAGGCAAAGGAGACAGAAUUUAACACAGAGUCUACCAAGUGCGAUUCUUUAGAAAUAAUUGCAGCAGACAUUCCAGAAAUUACAAAAGAUCCAAAAGAAGAAUUUGAGACUCAUGACAAAGGCCCAAAAUUAAGGAAGAGAGGCAGGAAAAGAAAAAUUGUUUCUGUUAACACGACCGGCAAAACUCGUUCUCGGCGGAGAAGCAUAACUCAGAAUAUCAAAUCGAGAAACGAGCAGCUUAAUUUAACAUUUUCAGUUUCGUGGAAUAAACCAUCCUCGGGUGUAAAUCAAAUUUUCGGAUUUANGGAAUUUUUGGAAGAAGACGGCUACGGUUUCAGAAGAAGAGACGGAAAAUUCGAAUGCAGAAUAUGCAAGAAGACGUGCGUCUCUAAAAACAAUUUAGCUUUUCAUAUAAAGACGCACGUGGGGAAAAAGCCAUUCAAGCGCAAGAUACAUGGUGUAUAUCGACGAACUUGUAUUAACAGAGGUAAAUGGACAGAGGAGAAUCUCCAGAAAGCCAUCCGUUGCGUAAAAGAGAAAUCGUUAGGAGUUAACGAAGCCAGCAGGACAUACGAUAUCCCUUCGAGAACUUUAAGGAGGUACAUACAGCGAGAUUUAACCGUAAAACGAGGCCUCGGUCCUUCCUGUUAUCUAGGUAAGGAGGCAGAAGAGAGAAUAGCUACGCAUAUCAAAGAGAUGCAAAAGAGUGGAAUUUUUCCCACGCAACAAGCAAUCCAGGCACUCGCCUUUAAUUUGGCUAAAGAAAUGAAUUUAAAAACGAAAUUUAAUGUGAACAAACAGUUAGCGGGACAGAAAUGGGUGAGAGGAUUUAUGCAAAGACAUCCUGAAAUAUCCAUUUCUAAACCACGUGACUCUACCAUAAAAGGAACUGAUUCAGAUAAAGUUGAACAAAUUAUUGGCACGUAAGUACAAAUUAUCAACUGAUUUACUAAGUCACUUGGAAUUUGCAAAUGCAAUUUCACUAAAAAAGUGGAAGUUUGCAACAUAUUUCUUAUGAAGUCAGUGAAGUGCCAUAUCAUUUGAAAUCUCAUAAAUAUGUGUUUCAUUUCUGCAGAGGUUUGUUACGAGAUUGACUGAGAUGUUUAGCUGUAAGCAUUGAUGAUCUGCAUUAUAUAUAUAUAUCAAAUUGUAUAUAUAUAUAUAUAUCAUAUUCAUUUGAUAUAUAAAGUGUGCAGGGUAAUUUGAAACUCGCAGUGCAAGUUUACAGAUGUGGCAGAGAACAUAAAACAAACCGUAUCUAAAUAGGAUUUUACAACCGGAAAUGCCUUCGUAAUGUGCUAGAAGGUGUUGUUAGCCAGCAGUGCAUUUGGACAGGUUGUUCUUUCUCAUUUGAGAUACUGACGUUGCGCACCGAAUAAACAUUAUUUUACGAAUACACUUUGUGUAUAGUACAGCUGAUGGAAAUAGAUGAUACACUGAAUGAUUUUAUUGUAGUCUUGUUAUUACUACAUCUUUUUAAAUUAACCUAACAAAUAUGUCAUGAAAAAAAGUGUUUAUUUUGUAAUACCCAUUAAAUCUUUGUAGCGAUUUUUGAAAUUGUAUAACAGAUUUCCUGUUACACAAUUUCAGUAAUUACGAUAAACAUUGCUUAAACUUGUGGUCCUAAAACUAUCCUAAAGUUAGAGAAGAUGGGAAUAUGGGUGAGAGAGAAGAAAUUUGAAGGGUGAAAGUGCACCUAUAAGCUCAAAAUAGUGGAUGAAUGCAAUGAUGUUUUCUUUGUAAAUGUAAAACGGGGACGUUUGAUGUUGACAGUCCUUCUUGUCAUCGAAUUUUCUUUAUGUUAAUGAUUUUUUUGGGGGGGUCCAAGUCUUGUAUAAAUUUCCUUGUCGACACAACUUACCUUUUUCUCGAGCCUUUCUUCUGUAAGGAUUAUCCUUUCAACCACAGUCCGGGUGUUGAUGGACGGGGCUUGGGACUAUGUAAACUGAACAGAUAUACAAACACGCGAUCAAUGGCUUAUAUUAUUAGAUGCUUGUUUACGGUGGGAUUUAAUAAUAGUAUUAUUUGAAUAAUCUUAUCAUUAUUUUUUAAGUUUUUAAAAUGUCCAAAAUCAAUAAUCAUUUAUAAAAUUCAAAAAUCGUAAACGUAUAUUUUGCUAAUGUGUUAGACCUACCAAUGGCCAAGCAGUUUUUCUUCCCUGAACACUGGAAGUUCGGUUGUGAGUUCGAUUUUACAUUUUUAAUCAGGGCUGUGGAGUCUCUAAAAAAUCUACUGACUCCAACUCUGACUCCGACUUUUCCUUAUCAUUUGACUCUGACUUUGACUCCGGCUAAAACACCAAAACUCCACGACUCCGACUCCAUCUCAACAGCCCUGCCAGGGCUGUGUAGUCGCGUAGAAAUGUAUUGACUCCGACUCCGACUUUUCCUUACCAUCCGACUCCGACUCCAGCUAAAACAUCAAAACUCCACGACUUUGACUCCGACUCCACAGCCCUGUUUUUAAUAUUACAAGGUAAUUAGCAUCAAUUACGAGGUGUCGUGUUUCAUCUUUGCUCCCGUUCGAGUUUAUUGUCCUAAACACGCGCAGACAUUUGUGUUUACUUGUACUGAUGUUUUGGCUUUUAUUUCCUCUGCUUUGUUACAGAAGGUGGGAAGACGGGCGUCAGGUCAUGGCUUACCUCACUUUUUACCACAAAUUUCCUUACCUCGAAUGCUUUAUUUUUUUUUGGUCAAUUAUAAUUAUUGCUAAUUAUUUUUUUUCAUGGAUUUUCAUAUUUAUGUGCUAUCUAAAGUUUCACAUAUGUUUUAAAUUAGGUAUUACGCAUUUAUGUUUUCUCUUUCGAUUUUUAUAUAUAAAAUAAAAUAAAAUUCAAAAAUUAAUUAAGUAUUUUACAAACAGUGUUUUACAAUAAUUUUUUAUAAAUUAUUUAAUUUGAUACAACGCCAUGCACUCAGAAUGGAUCGCCAGUUAAUCAAUAUGGCGGCGGGACUGGAUUCAAUUUCUUUUUCAUCCGAGACGUUCAGCAAAGUGUGUUCUUUUAAUGCAAUUUUCAUAUUUUUACUGAUAUAUACGCUCGACUACGAUUAUAUUUUCGAUUUCUACAUUUUCUCUACUAUCUAAACGUAUAAAAUACUUAUUGGGAAAAACAGGUUUUUAUUUCUAUUUCCUGAAAUUUGAUCUGUAAAUGCAAAAAUCAACUCGAUAUAAAUAAUUUCAACUUUCUCUUAUGGACA